AUGACUAGGUACGGGGGUAUGGGGAGGACGCGCCCGAAAAAGCUCACCUCCAAGGCCUCCAUCCCCAUAGUCCGCGAACAUGAAAUAGAUCUUAUCGAGGAUGAGAUCCAAAAUGCCCUUCAACAGAUUGAGACCGGUGUCGAGAAGGCGGAGGAGUCGGAAUUCCAUCUGCAGGUCGCUAUCAGUGCCGCUGCCCAGGGCAAAGUAAAAGAUGCCCAUAUUCCGACCCCGGAGACCGUCCUCAGUAACCUCCGAUAUGACGAGCUCUACCCUCCAGUCUUCUCGCAGCCAGCGACAUACAUCCGCUUCUCCUCCACCGUCGAGGACUGCUGCGGACCUCCAUAUUGCAUGAACGAGGACGAUGAUGUGUUCCUUAAGAACUUCAACCAAAAGCGCGAUGCCGCCAACCAAUGCACAGAAGACAACUUCGAGGAAGUCAUGAGCUUUUUCGAAUUGACGUCAAGGAAAGAGCAGCCGUAUGCUUGUGUAGAUAACUCUCCGGUCAUGAGUUUCGAAGAAUUCCAGGAGGCGAUGGAUCCGGCCGUAGACGACAGCGUAAAGCGUUUCGCCAAGGACAUAUACGACUACUGGAAGUCGCGACGCAUCAGCGGUGGGAAUGAGCCUCUGCUCCCGACACCAAAGGCUGAAGCUGGUCGGGAAGCUGAUGAUACCGACCCGUACGUCUGUUUCCGAAGGCGCGAGGUGCGGCAGACCCGCAAAACUCGUGGCAGAGAUGCGCAAAGUGCGGACAAACUGCGACGGCUCAGAAAGGAACUGGAAGAUGCUCGGCAGUUGGUUGCACUUGUACGUCAGCGUGAGUUGGCGCGCAAGGAGAUGCUCGCCGUCGAACGGCAGGUCUUCCUGCAGAGAUCCGAGGUCAAGGAUAUGAAGAGGAAACUCAAUAUCAAGGACGACGAUGAGGAUCUUAUCAACCAGAGACCCAAGAAGAAGCCGGUAGAGGCACCUGCUGUGCAGCGCCCAGCACCUCCGCAGCUGCGCAUGCCCCCCAAGGCGGCCACGCAGCCAGCAGAAGACCUGCAGCUACUGGACGAUGUCCAAGCGGAGAAAGAAAACGAGAUCAUUCGCGACAUCAAGCAGAACAUCACGAAGCACAUCAAGUGGAACGAGGGUUAUGUGGAUUUCACACGAGCACCGCUCUCCCCCUCACCUGAUCGGACGUUCGAUGCUGCAUUCCGCCCUGCAAUCACCACCCAGUUACCGACGCCACCAUCGUCGGAAUCAUCCGACAACAUGCCGGAUUCAGCCAUAGAUACCCGCAGUGCCAUUGCCCUCCCGAAUAAAUUAGCCACCCAUGCCAUGGAACUGAGCGAGGACACGAGCAAGAUGCCCUCAUUCCGCAGACGUAUAGGACGCGGGGGUCGUUUGUUCAUCGAUCGCCGAAACCUUGCGGCUCGUUGUAGAGUUGAAAUGGAUCCGUGGAAGGCUGAUCGAUUCAAGUACGAUCAGGAAGAUUCAGAUGAGGAGCUCGAUUAUGAGAGGGACCAAUUCGAUAUCCAAAUCAUGCAACAUCGAGCCAUCAUGGCAGCAAAAGCUCGCGAUCAAGCAGCAGCGGCAGCGGUUCAAGCUCAUGCGCAGGCGCAGGCAGCUCAGGCCCAGGCCCAGGCCCAAGCUCAACGAAAGUUGCAGGCCGAACAAACCACGGCCAGCAGCAAUUCACCAAGCGGGGGGCAAGCAGGGGGAUCUAAUCCCGGGCCUGGUGCCGCUGUCUCCACGUCUUGA